AUGGCAAAUACUUUAUACGAUAGCACAGUUCCUUUAUUCUAUCAUGUUUUUGAGGACACCGACAAAUUUUUACCUUCAGUAUUAUGCGGUAAUCAAAGGUGGAUGACGGCUUUAGGAAGAAUUGGACUUAAGCGUCAGGUGAAUUGCAACACAUUCAUUGAAUGCGUACAAGAGAUUAGAUCACAGAUUGAACAACCUACUAGGUUUCCCGCGUCUGUGGUCAAAACCCGAGCAAAAUUUGUAUUGGAAUAUUUAUAUGCCCAUACACUUACACUAUAUUUCACAAAUGAUCAAUGGGAUCAAAUACUGCAAAUCGAAUUCAUCCCAUCAGAAUAUCUUCAAAAUUCAAGAUUUUAUGAGAAUGCGAUAGAAACUUCGGGAUUUGAAAGAACCAUGACACAAUUGGGUUUAUUUUUGGUAAGUAAAUAA